CGUCGUUGCCCCGAGUCGGCAUGUUUUGGAAAUCCCAAAACAAACCAAUUUAGGGUUAGGGUAUUACCACCCACAACCAUGGCGGGCGCCGGAAUGCACCCGUACCACCAGCAGUGGGCGCCUCCACCUGCCCCCGCGGUGGCGCCUCCCAUGCCCGUCGAGGUCCCCAACCGCCCCCCUGGCGACGAGAUUCGAACGAUCUUCAUCACUGGUCUCCCCGUGGACGUAAAGGAGAGGGAGCUCCAUAACUUGCUGAGGUGGUUCCCGGGCUUCGAGGCAUCCCAGAUCAACUUCAAGGCAGAGCAACCCAUGGGUUUCGCUCUUUUCUCUACGGCGCAGCAUGCCGUGGCUGCCAAAGAUGCGCUUCAGGACUUGGUGUUUGACGCCGAAACGAAGUCCUCCCUGCAUACCGAGAUGGCAAAGAAGAACCUUUUUGUCAAAAGAGGUGUAGUAUCUGAGUCGAGCUCUCUUGAUCAUAGCAAAAGGCUACGAACCGGUGGAGAUUAUACUCAUGCAGGCUAUGCAGCUCCUGCUUUUCAUCAAGCACCUGUUUGGGGAACCCCAGGCUAUGUUGCACCACAUCCACCUGCACCGUACGACCCAUAUGGAGGUUAUCCAUUACCUCAAGUAGCCAUGCCUACCCCUUCUCCUAUGCCAGCACCGAGCCGUUAUUCCCCUGUUCAGAAAACUAAAGAUAAUCCUCCAUGCAAUACUCUUUUCAUUGGCAAUCUUGGCGAAAAUGUAAUUGAGGAAGAAGUCAGAGGUCUUUUCAGUGUGCAACCUGGCUUCAAGCAGAUGAAGAUUUUGCGGCAGGAGAGAAAUACAGUUUGCUUCAUUGAGUUUGAAGAUUUAAAUAGUGCCACAAAUGUUCAUCAGAAUCUGCAGGGUGCAGUUCUUACUAGUUCCAGUCGAGGUGGCAUUCGUAUUCAAUUUUCAAAGAACCCUUUUGGGCGUCGGAAGGACUCAAUCAGUGGUGCUUCAUCUGAACCUAAUGGAGUUCCUACUUAUCAGCAGUAAUUAAAGGGAUGUGUUUUUGCUCUUUUUGCUCAAUCAUGAAGACUAUGGAACAGGAACAGAUUGCAUUAUGGGAAUUAUAGUGUUGCAUCAAACUUUAUAAGCUCCCAUCAGCAUCCUUGUGUGAAUGAACCUGGUGGUCAUGAGUGCCAUUAGCAUCUUUCAUGAGGCACAGAUACUUGUAUGGCAUCAUGAUCUGUUGGUAGUUGUGCAUUGGCAUCAUGAACAUGGAUAAUGUUAAUCUAUUUGCUGUUUAUAUUGUUCACAGUGAUCUGCUUUUUUA